UCCGUCAUGUCAGGCAAAAGCUUACGCAAGUGACAUGGCGUCGAUUGUUAGGCACAAUCCCAUUGCCACACCAAAAUUCUCACAUUCAUUUAUCCAACUACUAGGCAACUACUACUAGUCCUUCUUCGAGAUAGCAACUACAGACAUUCCCAUGACCUUCGUGAUGGAGUCACCCCGUUCCGCUCGAGGUUUAUCGUAUGCCAUGUUGGAAUCGCAGUCGCUUGAAACGCGAGGCAAACUGGAACCGUCCUACCAGCAUUUGAACAACCCAUGUAUACUCUGCUGGAACAACUUAAGCUACACAGUCGACACCCCGAAGACGGCCGACGAUCCUAAAGGCAAGAAGACCAUCCUGAACAACGUCAGCGGUCGAUGCGCACCCGGAGAACUCACGGCCAUCAUGGGCCCAUCCGGAUCAGGCAAAACCACGCUCGUUGAUCUACUGGCCGACCGCAUCAGCUCCGGAGAGGUAACAGGCGACAUCGAGCUCAACGGUGAGGCCCGCGUGGCCAAGACGUUCCGGGCCGUAACCAGUUACGUGGCUCAGGAGGACUCGCUGCUCGGUUCCUUCACGGUAUUAGAAACCAUGCGCAUGGCCGCCAAGCUCAGUCUCCCCAACAGCGUCACGUCCAAACAGAUCGAGACCCGCGUGGACGACGUGGUGGAGGCCAUGGGUCUGGCCACGUGCCGCCACACUCUGGUAGGCGACAUCUUCCGCAAGGGUCUAUCGGGUGGCCAAAAGCGCCGCCUCAGUAUCGCCAUCGAGCUGCUGUCGAACCCGAGCAUCCUGAUCCUGGACGAGCCCACGAGUGGCCUGGAUUCCAGCGCCACGCACAACGUCAUGAAGUUCAUUGUGAAGCUGUGCGCCGAGGGCAAAACCAUCGUGUGCACGAUCCACCAGCCGUCGUCGCUGGUGUACGACAUGUUCACGAACGUGGUGGUGCUGUCGGCCGGCCAGACCGUGUACUGCGGUCCCCGUCGUCUGAUGAUCCCGCACUUCGCGUCGGCCGGUCACGACUGCCCCACGUAUAUGAACCCGGCCGAGUACUUUAUCAGUCUGGUGAACACGGACUUCGAGGACCACGCGGACGUGCCCAAACUGGUGCAGUCGUACGCACAGAGCGAGAUCCGUAAGGAGCUGAGCAACCGCAUCGAGAGCGACCGCAAGACGCUGCAGCAUCUGCCGGAUAUCGAGCAGCCGUCGCCAUCGUCGCUGCGCCAAUUCAGUGUGCUCAUGUACCGCAACACGCUCAACAACAUCCGCAACCCGGGGAUCUACUGGAUCCGGUUGUUCAUGUACUUCUGCUUGAGCUUCAUGGUUGGCACAAUGUACCUGAGCACGAACGACGACUUGACGGAGGAGGACCUGGUGCCUCUACUGUUCUACGUCCAGGCGUUCCUGGUGUUCAUGUCUGUGGCCGUACUGCCGUUCUUCAUUGAACAGCGUGCAGUGUUUGCUCGUGAACGUGCCAACAGUUCAUUGAGUGUGGUGAGUUACGUGUGUGCCAACUUCUUGGCUACACUACCGGGUAUCUUCCUUAUCGCAGCGAUGUCGACGGCUCUGGUGGUGCUUCUAGCGGGUCUGAACGCCAUCGAAUAUUUCCUAUUGAACCUGUUCCUGUCACUGGUAGUGGCCGAGUCGAUGAUGCACGUGAUCGGAGCCGCCGUACCGCACUACAUCAUCGGUAUCGCAUUGGGUGCCGGUGUGUUCGGCAUGUUCAUGCUAUGCGAGGGUUUCAUGGUUCCUCGAGACUCGAUCCCGGACUACUGGAUCUGGGGCUACUACCUGGCGUUCCACUCGUACUCGUUCGAGUCAUUUGUGUUCAAGCAAUUUGAGAAUGAGACGUCGGAUGCAGCCAAAGCCAUUCUGACGAAAUAUGGCAUGGAGGACGUGAAUGUUUCCCAAGAUAUGGUGGUGUUGAUCGUGUACAUUGUGGCUUUCCAGGCCAUAUUUGCGUUCAUCCUGUGGAAAUUCCACACAGGUCGCCGUUAGUUUCGUAGCGCCAGUAGAUUGAGCCGGUAUAUUAACGAAUUCAAAUAAUGUAUAUUAUCUAUGGAUUGACCGACGA